UUGGCUAUAUCUUUCGACGAAAACUUGAUGCUUAAGGAUUGAAAGCUGGUCAUUUAAUUAGCCAUAACGAAGCUGACUAAAAAUAACGAAAGAUGGCUACGACUUCAGCGAGUUGUUUGAAAGUAAAACCUUUAAAAGACCUUGAAGAAAUACACGCAUUAUUAAGGGAAUUUCAGCAGUUCGAGGUAGUUAUUGGCCCCUCAGAAGAGACGUUCAGGCUCGCAGGUAUUGCUGACAAUGAGCUCGAUGAUCUUUGCGAGGUUCAUAUAUCUCGUAUACCCAAUACGGUGUCGCUGGCUCAGCUUGUACGGCUAUGUAUUUCUCUAAAUGACUCAGGUGGGCUUGCUUCGUUAGUGCGCCUGACACUCUUUAUAAACUCCAGCGGGAUUUUAACCGGUAAAGCAACAGCUACGUAUCAAAAUGAAGAACACGCCAUGAGCGCCGAGUUAGAGCUAAAUGGGGCAAUUAUUUCUGACGAAGGAAUAAAACGACUAAAGGUCAAAACCGAGAAUUGGGUUCUUCAGUCAAAGCCACCGACAUAUCCUCAGCAUCAACCACCUCCGACAACUACGUCAGCUUCAGUAGCAUCGUCAUGCAUCGAUAAAACUGAUGACGAGCGAACUGAUCUCUCAGAACGACAGUCUCCUACGGCCGAAGUACCGCAAGCUGUCGUCCUCUCGCAGGACGAUAGUAAGGUAUUUUCUGAUGCGACUAGGCCCAUGACACAACAAUCAGCACAAAAUGAAGUAAGGACAGCAACAGUUGGUGUUAUUACCGCACCUUCUGCUGUUGCUCUUGCCACCGUCCUUGUCGGCGCUAACGCGCCAGUUUCGGUUACACCUGAAAUGCUAGUGGCAUCUUCAGCGACAAUGCCUGUGCCAUCAGCGUCAUCACUGACAACAACAACAGCAGCAGCAGCAGCAACACCGUCAUCGGCUACGGCAGCAGUGGCCCUGAUGCCUAUACCAGCCCCGCCUUUGCCCAUCUCGCAACCAUCACAAGCGACACCACUCGAAGAGGGUUUAAUAGCGACGACAGAAAUGGGCAGGAGAUUAUAUGUCGCCAAUAUUCCAAAGAAUAAAACCCAACCUGAUAUACUUUCCUACUUUCAGCGAUACCUGUCAGGCGUUGUUGAUGUCGUUCUGUACACGUAUCCGGGCUCAUCGCAAAAUCGUGGCUUUUGCUUUGUGGAAUUCACAUCAACGAAGAAAGCCAUGGUUGCCAAAGAUGCAAUUGUAGCUAUUCGGCCAUGGGGAUGCGAAGUAGUCGUAGACUGGGCGGAUCCCGAACAAGAGCCAGCCGAGCACGUGAUGAAAAAUGUAAAAGUGCUUUACAUUAAAAAUAUUGCACCACCUACCAGCGAAGGCGAUCUUCGAAAGGCGAUCGAGGAACGAGGGAUUGAGGUAGAACGAGUAAAAGUUAUUAGAGACUUUGGUUUCGUGCAUUUCGUGAGCCGAGAACGUGCGGAAGCCGCGAUGGAAGCGUGCAGAGACCUCGAGCUUGAUGGACAAACCCUAAAAGUAAGCUGGGCUAAGCCGCCGUUAAACAAGCACAUGCGCGAAGAGGUUCUCCGAAGACGAGAGCGACGAAUGCGUCGCGUUUUAGCGUCACGCUACAAUGGAAACGCAGUCUCAUUUCCGGAGCCUCAUUUUCACGAGUCACUGGGCGACUCCCUAGUGUUCGAUUUUGGUGGAUACAGUGGAAACCAUGGACAAGGGGAUUACUAAAAUGUUCCAAUGGAAAGAAUUUAAAUACGUUCUCUCUCCGAAUCCGUAUUUAUUUGAUCUGAUGUUAGUUACCCGAAAAAAAAAACACGGAAAAUGAUAGAUAAAUUUCUGAC